AUGGAAGGUAUGUUUCUUAUCUUUUUUUGUUGUAUUUUUAGUUUUACAUUCGUCUGGAUUGCCUUGGGUUGGUGCUUUUGUGGCCAGCGGGAUAACAUUGAGGUUGGUGUCGGCGCCGUUUCAUGUUUAUGCAGAGAAAUUGUUUGCCAGACGAAUAAAUGCAUACGGAUACUUUCACAAUGAAGUUUUGCAGGUAAUGGUUUAGUUUUUAUUGUUUUAUCUGUAGUUUUUGGUGAUAUUGAAGUAAAAUUCCUUAUUUAAGAAAAGUAGAGUAUUUUUAGAUGUCUUGUUGGUUUUUUAAAAUGUAAAACGGCUGGGUUUUGAGCUAAUGAAUUAUAUAUAAAGUUUUAAGGUGGUUUAAAUUUUUUGUUACCUAAAAUUCAUAUAAUUUUAGAAAGCUUCAAAGUCCAGUAACAAAGCAUUGGUGCCAAGUGCAGAUGGGACAAAGUUAGUUAUUGAAAAUGAUCCAGCAUUGACAGAAAAAGCUCAUAAAGUUGUAAGUUUAUCAAAUAUGUCUAGACUUACCCUAAAAAUUGUGCCCGGCUUUAUUUACAGAUUUGUCUUAUAGCACAUCAACUGUUAUUCCAAUGUGUGAAUUUUAGGCAGACGAAGCUUUAAUGAACUAUGUAGCAGACAAAAGGCUUCAUGCUUCUCGGAUACAGGCUCUGAAGCUUUGCACGGUGCCAUUUUGGGUAUUUUCUUCGUUUGCUAUUAGGAAUGUUAUAAAUGGUAGGUUUUUUAUCCAUGGGUAAUAACAGCAUUGUUUUUGUCGUUUUUAUCAAACUUUCAGAACAAAAACGUAUUGUCAUGUUUUUUAGCUUAUUUUUACAUUAUUCUAGAUGAUUUUGCUCCAUCUUUGAACGGGUUUCUGUGGAUUGAUGACUUUUUAACUCCGGAUCCGUAUUUUAUAUUGCCAGUAGCUGUAGCUGUUUUUGGAUUUUUGAACUUAUAUGUAAGUUAUUUUUUAACGUUGUUAAGGUUUAUGUUAAUUUUUUUAUUUUAUGUUGUUUUUGAAUAUUUCGAUUUUUUGAACUUUCUAACCAUCUUUUAGAUAUUCUUUAUGCUCUUUUAGGUAUUCUUUAUUAUUCAUGAUUUUGAUGGCUUUUGUUACUUUUCCAUUGUAAUAUGCUUUUACAAUGUAAGCUUAAAAAUUUAAGUAUGGCGUAUUUUACAUUUAAAAAUUUUACUUUCAGUCACAAAGGUUAAUGUUUCCAAGAAAAGAGACAACAACAACCAAGUUAUACGACGUUUUUCUGGGUGGUUUUACAUUUGCUGGUACAUUGAUAAUGAUCAAGAUGCCUGCAGUAAGUUUUCUAAACUUUUUGUUAGUAUAAAUCUUUUAAAAACUAAAUUUUUUGUCUGAUUUUUGAUAGAUAAUCAAAAAUUUAAUUUGAGUAAUUCAUUUUUUUUUGCAAUAUCAGACUUUAUAUGACUAAAGUAACAAGCAGUAUCAAGGUAUAUAUGUUUUAACAAGUAAAAUCACAUUAUUUGGUAAUACCAUUCCGAAAAUACAAUAUAACCUCAAAAUCUUUAGUGUAUUCCCCUGUACUGGCUGAUAGUAAGUGCCACUGGCUUGGCCCAGUCACUAGCUUUGAGGCAUCCCAAAGUCAAGUCUAUACUGGGCAUUUCCAAGUUACCGUACGACUCGCGAACGCCAUUAAGAGAUCUAUUUUGGCUGCGGAAACGACAGAAUAUGUAA